CCAGUCUCACUUGUCUACAGACACAGAGAGUUUGGGAUGUUCUCUUGUUGUUUUCCCAGUUACCAGGGCUCUGGAUACCAGAAACCCCAGUGCGCAGGAUUACUCAGAUGUUGGAGAGGUUUCCUUCACCCAUGCUGGUGGUGCCUCAGAAUGUUUUCCAGGAGGUGACAUAAGGUAAUACAGAGCAGCCUAGAGCAGGCCAGGUCAGGUCAGGUCACAGCUCUGAGCCAUCCCUGGGCACCCCCAUCCCCUCGUGUUCAGUUUCAGGGAAAGGGGGACAAGUGAGGUACUCCUGUCCUGGACUGGAGGAGGUUGGAUGGCAGUGGAUGACCUGGUGGACCCAUCAUGGCCAUGCAGAUGUCAUGCUGGGAAGGAGGGAAAAGGGAUCUCUGUGGUGCCUCUAACGUAUAACAGGGUUAAUCCAAGGCCCUCCAACCAUGUUGCUUCUCCUCCUUGGGGUGGGGGGGGCGGUGUGUGCACAAUGUGGUGUCAUAUAUCUGGAAUGAAGUCACAUGGGUCUGAGGACAAGCAAAAGGAAGCAGACAGGGCUUUGAGUCCCCUGACUGCCUGCUAGGCACUGUCUUUACAGAGUCACACGUCAGAGAUGGUGGAGAAGGUGAAUGAUGAGAGCCCCUGCUCUACUUCCCUGAAGGACAGGAGGAAGCCCCGUGUCAUCAGCAGGAUGCAGAGCUGGCCCAGGGGUAAAAAAUGAGAAUUGUGUGGAGUGGACCAUCGAAGGAGUCUGGAUGCUACUGGAACAGCGGGUGGAGCACCUGGUGCCCGCCUUCCUGGGUAGAGACCCCACCUACCUCUGCACAUUCUUGGGAAUGUAGAGAGCUUUUGCUACCACCCAACAGGUCCUGGACCUACUGUUUAAGAGAUAUAGCUGCUUCCUUCCUGACACUGAGGAGGAUGGCAGACCCCGGGAGCAGGAGAAAAUGGCCUUCUCCAUACUGGGCACCUGGCUGGACCAGUACCCCCAGGAUUUUUUCCAGCCCCCACAUUUCAUCAGGCUGAAGAUGCUGCAGGCAUAUGUAGGGGUCCACAUUCCAGGCUCCAAACUGCAGUGCUGUGCCUGCCUUCUCUACUCAUCGUGGAGAAACCGUGAGCCCCAAGAGCCAGAGUCUUGGGCUUCGCAGCCCAAGUUGGCUGAAGACACCACUCACCCUGGAGCUCAGCAAUUAGAAGAAUCAGUGACCCUCCAUGCAGCAUCCCUGCCAGUGCAGGUGUUAGUCGCAGCACUAAUUCACUGUCAGGAGCUGGAAGAGCCACCUGCCCCUUUGGUGGACCCAGAACCUGAGCAGCCUCCAUCUCCAGCUGUCGGGGUCAUGGAAGGGCUGGAGCAACCACCUGCUGCAGCUUCGCAGCCCAAGCUGGCUGAAGACACCACUCAUCCUGGAGCUCAGCAAUUAGAAGAAGCAGUGACCCUCCCUACAGCUUCACCACAAGUGCGGGUGGUAGUCCCAGUUCUGAUUCACUGUCAGGAGCUGGAAGAGCCACAUGUCCCUUUGGAGGACCCAGAAGUUGAGCAGCCUUCAGCCCCAGCUGUCGGGGUCGCAGAAGGGCUGGAUCAACCACCUGCUGCAGCUUUGCAGUGCAAACUGGCUAAGGACACCACUCAUCCUAGAGCUCAGCACAUAGAAGAGUUGAGCCUCCCUGCAGCGAACCCACCAGUGCAGGUUGUAGUCCCAGCUCUGAUUCACUGUCAGGGGCUGGAAGAGCCACCUGCCCCGUUGGUGGACCCACAACCUGAGCAGCCUCCAGCCCCAGCUGGCGGGGGCAUGGAAGGGCUGGAGCAACCACCUGCUGUAGCUGAGCAACCAGCCUUAGCUCCUGAGCAGCGGCUCAUGUUGGCUGCAGCCCCAAAGGAUGAAUUCCCUUCCGCUGUCAUUGCAGUCUUUCUAAUUUUUGUGGUUUGUAUAGAGAUAUUUAACGGCCUUAUGUAUUUUCUUUGUAAAUAAAACAUAAAUUAACUUCAAAUAAAAUUUUACUCUGAUCCUUUGAAAUUAUAAAUCAAGUGUCAUUACAUACCUUCACAGGAAUUUACAACCGUGUCCACUAUGUAUUCCUAGAACAUUUCCAUCACACAGACACGUGUACUACCAAUCACCAUGGCUCAUUCCCUCACCUCAGUCUCUGCAACCACCGAUAUCGGUUUCUGCUGCUUUAGCUCCUCCAAAAUUUUCAGGUGUGUGCAAAAAUACAACAUGGCCUGUUGUGUCUGGCUACAUAACAUGAGAGUGAUUAAUAAUUCAUUAAAAAUUCAAUGAAACUAAUAUUUUUAUGACAGAGGAAUACCCACCAAAGAACAAAGAU